AUGAGUUCAGACGAGUCCGCUGUUUACAAGCGUAUGCAAGUAAAAGUGUUAUACUCAUUCAAUAAUAAUCCAACCGUGUUUUUAUCACGAUCAAAGGUACAACAUUCGGUGAAAAUUGCUCAGAUACCGAUGUAUAGUUCUACCGAGCUGCUGGAAGAAGAGAUGAUCACACUAGGAGCUUUUGACUUGAAGCAUUGUACGCAACAGGUAUUGAAGAAUUCACCAGAAAAUUUUAGAUUGGAAACUGAAGAUUAUGCCGUAUAUUAUAAGGAUAUCACGGAACAGCCUGAUGAACCGUUUGUCUCGAACGGCGUGUUAUCAAAUUUGAUAAGUUCAUCCAAAAGUCAUUUAAUACCCGGAAGAGUCUGUCAAAACUUAUCUGCUAGUUAUUUGUUUGGUGACAAGAGUAGUUCUUCGUCGUUGACCUUAGAAAUCAGAUUAAAGUUACAUACAAUCGAAAAACAAGAGGCUAAUCAUCAACAUGUGCAAAGUCAGAUGAACUCUAAAAGGGCCAAUGAUAAUAUGAGCUAUGCUCAAAAACGACCAAGAACUAAACCUAUGGCUUCUUCAAAUGCCGCAAUGAAGGCUACUAGAACAAAGUCAUUGCCUAUUUUUUAUCAUCCGCCAAAUCAACAAAUCUUCAACAUAAUGAACGCCGAUAAAUCUAAUGCUCCCUCAAAAUACGAUAGUAAAAGUGUGCAAGAAAGAUUCAAACUGGCACCUUUCUUACAGGCUAAGAUAAUUGAUAAUCCUACCCGCAAGUCCAGGAGUCAUCACAGUAAUAAUCAACAUAACCAACAUGCAAUCAAAGAGAGCACACCAGAACCUCAGAGAGCUAUGCGGACAAGAUCCAUGGUGACUAGUAGAAUGCCACUAUCUGUUUCUUUACCCAUUCAAGAAGAUAUUCUUUCUGAUGCAACUGAUGACACUGAUUAUAAUGAUAACCACCCACCCAUUGAUGAAGAUGAUGAAGAGGAAGAUGAAGAUGAUGAUGAUGAUGAUGGAGCAUUUGAAGAUAAUGAUACCUCACCAUACACUCCACAACAGCCUCCUUACAAGGCAAUCCCAAUUUCGACUAAUACCACUUCAAACUCUCAAUUUCAUGCCUUGCCGGAUUUGGAAGAUUUAGACAGUAGGAAAACACAUACAAUUCCUCAUAAUAAGUUACCAAAAAACCAUGGAUUGAUAUGUACUAAUAGUAAUUGUGCUACGGACUCGUCAAUUACUUGGAGAUAUUUUGAAACAGGGUUCCACCCAAAUUAUCUUGGUAUUCACAGGGCUACAGAGUUUGACAAAAAGCAUUACGAAGGUAUGUUUGGUCCGUUGUGUAAUGCAUGCUACUUAUUUCUAAGAAACAAAGGCUUUAUGAGACCUGAAGGUGUUGUCAAAAAGUACUUACAGCAACAAAAAUACAAGAAGGAAUUAAAACAAAAAGAAGAAGAUGAUAAGAUCAAUGAAAUGUCUAAUUCUUAUCCUCAUAAUUAUAAAGCUCGUCUGAAUAGCUUGACCAGUGUUGCUAUGAGAAACUCCAAUCAAUUUGGAUCAUCGCCGGUUGUUGCUCAAUCACAUAAAUUUCCCACACCUCUGCAUACGCCCUCUGCUAUAAAUCAAGUCAUUCAAAACAAUAAUCAUAAUAAUAGUAAUAAUAACAAUAGCAAUAACAGACUUACUCCUAAUUAUAACGAUUUGAAUGAUUUCAUGAAUCAGCUAAACUCAUUUGGAGGUCCACUCACGGAUAUUGAUCCUUUGCCCCAAGACCAACAACAAGGAAUAACUCCUCCAAUGAUGGCAACGAAAUCAAAUACAAGAGUUAUUAACCUAUAUGAUGAUGGUGAGGACAAAGAAAAUUGUCCACCGAUGACAUCAGAUGACCAGAGAAGAUCAAGUUCAUCGUCACCGAAUAAAAACAAUUAUCAAGAAAUCGAAAAUAUGAUGGUUAAAUCGUUUAAUCAGAAUACUAAUACUAGUCCAAAUGGUGCACAAACGGAAUGGAUCAAUAAUCUUUUCGGCGAACCUACACCAAGGGACCAAACUCCCAAAGAUGGUACUACUGGUGAGAAUGAAACUGGCAAGCUAUCUGCUAAAUAUGGGACACCAAACGAAUUAAAGCAUUCACGAGGAACGAAUAAUGAUGAUACUGAAAGCGAAAAAGAAGAGAAUAAUCAAUGUCAUCCUCAUUUGCCCCAAUUACGAACAUUCACAACGCAUAAUAGGUCAUCGCCAAACAAUUCCAAAAGCAUGCAAUCUCUGGCUGCAAACAUGCCAUCCUCCCCAUUGAUUAUUUCGAACCAGGAAAAUCAUCACGAAGAUAUUGAUACGUUCUUAACUUCGGAUACCCAUCAUAAGCAGAAUAACUUCUCAGAACUCGAGAGUGAAAUGAACACUUUGGUAAAUGAUAAUAAUAUGUUUCACGAUAAAGAAAAUAAUCAUUCAUCGCCAUCUAUUGCCAAAGCAUCUAGAAAUAACACCACAAUGUCAUGGGGCCCAAAUCAAAAAUCAAAUAGUCUCGCUAAUAUCGAAGGUGGAUCGACGCCUAAUACCGAUUUUUAUUCCAAUGAUGAUAGCUCUAACACUCAGGAAAAGAAGUAUCUUCAUUCAGUUGAUAUUAAUACAGUUUUCAAUGAACAACUGAAUCAUUAA